AUGUUCCGCGGCCUCUCGACCUUAGCGCGCCUGACGCCGGCGGCGCUGGCUGCCCCGGCCGUGGCGCUCUGCGACGAGAAGUCCGCGCGCGGCGCCCUGGCGGACCUCAUCGACAAGUCCGAGGCGAGGCGCGGCGACGGCACGUCCCUCGGCCCGACGAUGGUGCGCCUCGCCUGGCACAGCGCGGGCACUUUCUGCGCCAAAUCGGGAACGGGCGGCAGCGACGGCGGCCGCAUGAAGUACUGCCCCGAGAGCGCGUGGGGCGCGAACGCGGGCCUCGCCGACGUCCGCGCGGUCGUCGAGAAGGUCGCCCAGGACCACGGCCUCUCGCGCGCGGACGCGUACACUCUGGCAGGCGUGGUCGCGGUGGCGCACAUGGGCGGCCCGGAAGUGCCGUGGGCCGCGGGCCGCUCCGACGCGGCCGACGGCUCGACGAGCCCUCCUGAUGGCCGCCUUCCCGACGCGGACAAGGGCUCGCUCGGCGGCACGGUAGCGCACCUCCGCGCGAUCUUCUACCGCAUGGGGUUUGACGACCGCGACAUCGUCGCGCUGUCCGGCGCGCACGCGCUCGGUCGGUGCCACGAGGAGGCUUCAGGUUAUUGGGGUCCCUGGACCUUCGCUGAGACGACGUUCUCGAACGAGUACUUCCGCCUUUUGCUGGCGGAGACCUGGACGCUCAAGACGACUCACAACGGCCGCAAGUGGAAGGGGCCCGACCAGUGCGUGGCCGCGUGGCGAUCGAACUCCAGGCGCCCACGCCAUUGACGCGUCGUCCACGCAGGUUCGAGGACUCGUCGGGCAAGCUCAUGAUGCUUCCGAGUGACGUGGCACUCCUGUGGGACAAGACCUUCCGCGCCUACGUCAUCCUCUACUCCAAGGACGAGGAGCAGUUCUUCAAGGACUUCUCGCGCGCCUUCGGAAAGCUCUUAGCGCUCGGCACGAAGCAGAACGCUGGCGGCGGCGGUGGACCGCUCGACGGGCUCCGCAAGCUCUUCGGCCUCUGAGUAGUUCAUCUGGGACCCGCACCCCUAGUAGUAACACGAGCGGCUUG